CCCCUGCCACCCGCCUCGCGUAGUAUUUAUCUCCCUCGCCCCCGCCCGAUCCAGCAGUCCCGGCCCCUCCUCUCGCCGCCGGCCUAACACCAGCAGCUAGCUAAUAGCCAUGGCCACGGCCGGAGCCCGCGCGGUGCUCAUCGUCCUCGGCGCGGCCGCCGUCGCGCUCCAGCUGGCCGCGGCGCCGGUGUCGGCCGGCAGGGACAACACCGCCGCGGUGGCGGAGGUGUGCAAGAACACCCCGUUCCCGGAGCUGUGCACGGGCUCGACGCAGAAGCACGCCAGGAAGUACGACACGGUGGACCCGCUGACGGUGCUGGAGAUGCAGGUGGACGCGUUCAAGAAGCGGGUGAGGGCGGCGAGCAGGCGCGCCAAGAGGGAGGCCAGGACGGCGGCCACCCCGGAGCAGCGCCGGGCGCUGAACCUCUGCAAGAGCUUCUACCUCGACGCCGGCGACAACCUCGGCGCUUGCAAGCGCGCCAUCAGGUUCAGGGACGGCGUCACCAUCCGCGCCACCAUGAGCAUGGCGGCGCAGGACAUGCAGAACUGCGACGAGGAGUUCAGGAAGGCCGCCGCCAAGAACCCCGUCUGCGACCUCAACAGGUCGCUCGUCGACAUGUCCGAGAACUGCCGCGCCCUCUCCAACAUGAUCCCUGCUAGCUGAAGUGCUCUUCGCUUCGCUUGAAAUUUUGUGUUUUUAUUUUUAUUUUUGCCCCGAUGUAAUUUGUUCAGUAGCGUCCGAGUGCGGCCAGCAUGUGAUGGCUGCGCGCGUCAGUAGCUGGACGCACGCAUGCUCUGCCUCUGCUCAGUCCAUGCGGAGCGCGUCCUUCUUUUCCGUUGCCCCAAUUGUGCGCGGCAUGGCUAGCUUGAGAUGGACCGUGUGGGAUGGCACGGCUCGUUGAGCGGCAUGGCGCGCUUGCAGGGCGCGGCCUAACCUGCUAAUUUUGUGCUUCUAAGACAGUCAAUACAACUGAAAAUGUUUCUCAU